AUGAUGAUGCUUUCAAAGCGCAGUCUAGGUAGUAUUCAAGCACAAAUUGUAUUGCAGUAUGAGCGAGUUGGUGUCAGUCGUAUUUGGUCAACAAUGCUAAUCUACUGGCUUGUGAUAUAUGUUGGAAUCAAAAAAAUGUACCGUGAUGAUGAGGAUGAUUUUGAUUACAUUUAUCAUCUCCCACAUGCAGAUCUUGAUCGGAUAGUCAUUCGCAAUCCAUUCAAACCAUCUCACUCUGUUCAUUCUAAAACAAAAUCAAUUGGCAACCUAUCCCUUACAUCUCGCCAUUCCAUCAAAGCAAUUCGUAGCACGCUAGAUGUGAAUGUUGGGAAACUGUCUGCAUCGUAUCGUGCAGCUAUUGCUUCCCAUAGCUCAUUGAACCAAUCCAAGUCCAGUUUAUCCGAUUUGACAACUGGUCAAACAAGCAGUUCAAACAUGAUUUCAGAUGUGGUGGAUAUCAAUCCAAAAGGAACUUUGAGCAUGAUGAAUAGCACUCUGGGAUUGACGAUGGAUAUGAGCCGAUCGAGUUUGAAGAAAUCGCAUUUGACUGCUGGUGGAUUGCUGAAUCCAAAUCAAAAUGCACAUAUAAUCAGAUCAAAACGAGUCAGUGUAAGCAGCAACGAAACGAGUAGUCGCCAAAGUAAGAUUGGUGGUAAUAUGGCAAAUAUUGACAAUGGCAAUUCCGAGUAUCUUGGUGGUUUGCAUUAUGGCAAUGGUGAAUUGAUGGAUGUUUUUGACGACGAAUACAGUCGGGAUGAAGCGAUUCAAAUGGAUACUUUAGCCAUGGUUAAGCCAUUCAAAGCAAUGCCUAGAUGGUUGACUAACAUCAUGCGACCACAAUGGGUUGCUGGAUUAGGCGCUUGUUUGGUGUUUGGGCUUACUGUUCAUUCGUUGAUUACAGCAGCAAUAUAUCAACAGACACAUUCGGUAUAG